AUGGUGAAACAAGUACAUCACGAGCAUUGGGCUAAAUAUGGUUGCUCAAUCAUGUCAGAUGGAUGGAGAGACUCGGUUGCACACAAAGACAUUAUCAACUUUUUAGUCAAUUCUCCAAAAGGGUCAGUUUUUAUCAAAUCAAUUGAUGCUUCGGACAUUGUGAAGAAUACCGAACAAUUGUUUAUUAUGCUUGAUGAUAUGGUUGAGGAGGUUGGUGAGAAAAAUGUCGUUCAGGUGGUAACCGACAAUGCUUCUGCAUAUGUAGCAGCAGGUGAUGAAACGUGUUGUAAACAUGAUGAGGAAGUUUACCGGGAAAAGAGAGUUGGUGAGACCCGCGAUAACCAGAUUUCCACCGCUUACAUCACUCUUCGUUCAAUACAAGUUCAAAAGGCAAACCUUAGAAAGAUGUUUACUUCUGAUGAAUGGAGGAAGAGUAAAUACUCAAAAGAGCAUAGCGGUAAAAGAGUCGCAUCCAUUGUUUUGAUGCCUACCUUUUGGAGUACAAUUGUGUAUAUCCUUAAGAUGAUGGGUCCUCUCAUAAAAGUGCUUAGGUUAGUUGAUGGUGAAAAAAGGCCGGCCAUAGGCUAUGUAUAUGAGGUCAUGGAUAGGGCAAAAGAAGCAAUUGCAAACUCCUUUAAUAAUGUAGAGGACAAGUACAAAGAUGUGUUUGCAAUUAUUGACAAAAGGUGGGAAUGUCAACUCCAUCAACCAUUACACGCUGCCGGGUGUUAUUUGAAUCCUCAGUUAUUCAACUUAAAUCCCCAAAUUCAAGAGGAUAAGGAGGUGAUGAUCGGGUUGCUUAAAUGCAUUGAGAGAUUAGUGCCGAGUGUUGUUGAUCAAGGUAAAAUAGAGGACCAAUUGUCACUUUAUAGGAACGCCGAAGCCGAGUGGUGGGCUUAUUUUGGCAAUGAUGCACCGAAAUUAAAAAAACUUCAUAACAAAAGAAGAAACCGACUUGCGCAAACUCAGCUCAAUAAUUUAGUCUAUGUGAAAUAUAAUCGAGCGUUAAAGCGGCGUUAUAAUCAUCGUGAUGUCAUUGAUCCAAUCUCUUUGGAUGACAUUGAUGAAAGUAACGAAUGGUUGCUUGGUAGAAUGGAUGAGGAUGAAGAAGAAAAUGAAGAUUAUGUGUUUGAUGAUGACGAUUUGACAUGGAAGGAUGUUGGUAUAGCUUCCGGAGCUUAUGAGCGUGACCAUAAUACUAGAAGAAAGAAAGUUGCUAGUUCAAGCUCGAAAGGAAAGGAAAAAUCUAGACCACACCUUGUAGAUGAAGAUGAUGAUGAAGUUGUUAUGCUAGAGGAGAGUGACACUGAAGAAGAAGACAUUGGGGAUUUACUUGAUUAUGCUUGUUGA